GUCUCAGGCUGGCUGCCCCCUCAGAGUCGCGCCCCCCCCUGCCUCCCCGCCCCCCCCUCAUGGAGAGGAUGAGGAAGAUCAAACGCCAGCUGUCACUCACUCUGAGGAGGGGAGGGGCCACUGGAGGGGAAAGGACAUUGAGUGACACUAUCAACCAGGAAGUGACGUCACACAGCGACUCAGAGGUGUGUCUUCGUUCUUCUUCUGCUGUUCUGAAGGUUCGAGGUUCUUCCUCCUCCUCUUCUUCUUCUUCUUCAGUUCAGUCUCUGCUUCAGUCCUACAGCAGCUCGCUGAGGAAACCUCGAGGCCUCGGACGAAGCCUGAGCUCGUACCUGAACCACACCAACAGACUGGAGAUCGUCCACGAGGAUAUGAAGAUGAGUUCAGAUGGAGAAAGUGAUGCAGCGUCUUCAGACGAUGUUAAGACAAGUCCAGUUCCAGUGAGACUGAGGAACAAGAAGAUCUCUACUGAGGACAUUAAUAAACGUCUGUCUCUACCGGCUGACAUUCGCCUUCCAGACGAUUACCUGGAGAAGUUCAAUGUGAUUGGUCCAGCUCUGUUUGAGCAGCCAAUCAGCAGGAGACUCCGCCGAGUGUCUCUGUUGUUCUUUUCGCAGCUCUUCCUCUUUCAGUUACUUCGAGGUUUGUCGUACUGCCACAAAAGAAAAGUUCUUCAUCGAGACCUGAAACCUCAGAAUUUGCUGAUCAAUGAGCGAGGAGAACUCAAAUUGGCCGACUUUGGUUUAGCUCGAGCGAAGUCGAUUCCUACAAAGACGUAUUCUAACGAGGUGGUGACUCUGUGGUACAGACCUCCAGAUAUUUUACUGGGCAGCACCGACUACUCUACUCACAUCGACAUGUGGGGCGUAGGUUGUAUCUUCUAUGAGAUGGCGACAGGUCGACCGUUGUUUCCUGGUUCCACGGUGGAGGAGGAGCUUCACUUCAUCUUCAAACUGCUCGGUACACCCACAGAGCAAAUCUGGUCUGGGAUCAGUUCCAAUGACGAGUUUGUGACGUUCAAGUUUCCUGAAUACAGAGCAGAGAGACUGAGUGACCACACCCCCAGGCUCAGCAGUGAAGGAGUGGAGCUGUUGUCAAAAUUCCUGCAGUUUGAAGGGAAGAAGAGGAUCUCUGCGGACGACUCAAUGAGUCAUCAGUACUUCAGUAACCUUGGAAACAGAGUGAAGAAACUUCCUGACACAAUGUCGAUUUUCAGUUUGUCUGAAAUUCACCUGGAAAAAGAGACAAAG